AUGUCCGACUCGUCGACGCACAAGGUAGAGCAAGAGCAGCCUCAACCCACGCCGCCUUUGACAACGACGUCGUCGACCACUCCCGCUCAUGGAGGUCUUCGCUCCCGUGUCUCCCGUAUCAAGACUAAAGUGACGACACGGCAUGGCUGGUUUGGCGACUAUGACUACGCUUGGUUGUGUUUGCCAACUUUGCCUUUCGCGACAAGAGGAAAGAAGAGGAAGACUCAGCCUCCAUUUUAUCCUCUUGAAGCCGACUUGCCAUUAUUGUUGGCCAUUUCGAGCGGACUGCAGCAUGCCCUUGCGAUGUUGGCGGGGUUGAUUACACCUCCAAUUAUUUUUGCGAGUGCGCUAAAUUUGGAUUCAGAGCUUUCGGCGUACAUGAUCUCAGCGAGUUUGAUUGGGUGUGGUAUUCUGAGUCUCGUUCAAAUGUCGAGAAUCAAACUGUUUGGCGGGUACUAUCUUGGCACGGGCCUCAUCUCAGUCGUCGGGACGAGUUUUGCCACGUUGAGUACUGCAACCGCUAUAUUCGAUGCUAUGUAUCUCGACGGGACAUGCUCAACCACAAUUGCCGCUGAUGGGACAUCGACUCGUGUGGCGUGCCCGGACGCGUAUGGAAAGGUGCUUGGAACAUCGCUCAUCGCUUCCUUCCUCGAAAUCUUCAUGUCCUUCGUCCCGCCGCGCACCCUGCAACGAAUAUUCCCGCCAAUCGUCACAGGCACCGUGGUCUUGAUGAUCGGCGCCAGUCUCAUCGGUAGCUCCGGUGCUCCCAACUGGGGCGGCGGCUCGAACGACUGCUUAGACAGACCUGCGACAGGAUAUUUUGCUCUCUGUCCUAACAUCGAUGCACCUCGUCCUCUUCCAUGGGGCUCGCCACAAUUCAUCGGCAUCGGCUUCCUAUCUUUCAUCUCUAUCAUCCUCACCGAACUCUUCGGAUCCCCUUUCCUCAAGAACAUCUCCAUCAUUGUCGGGUUGGCAGUGGGGUGCAUUGUUUCCGGGGCAGCUGGGUAUAUCGAUGGGAGUAGUAUCACGACGGCGCCCGCGAUUACCUUCCUUUGGGUACAUACGUUCAAGAUUGGUGUCUAUCCACCGGCCAUAUUGCCUAUGCUUGCGGUCUACGUCUCCCUGGCUAUGGAGGCGAUGGGUGAUAUCACUGCAUCGGCUGAGGUGUCCCGAGUGGCGGUCGAAGGCGAAGAGUUCGAGUCGAGAAUCCAAGGUGGUGUUCUCAGCGAUGGAAUUGGUGGCUUCAUUUCAGGACUCUUCACCGUCACGCCUCUGUCCAUCUUCGCCCAGAAUAACGGUGUAAUCGCCGUAACAAGAUGUGCCAACCGUGGUGCAGGGAGGUGGUGCUGCGCCUUCCUCAUCCUCUUCGGUGUUCUGGGUAAAAUCUCGGGUGUCUUCCUCGCUAUCCCGAACCCAGUCCUCGGCGGCGUAACGACCUUCCUCUUCGCCUCCGUCUGCGUCUCCGGUCUACGAGUCAUCGCUCUCGCCCCCUUCACCCGUCGUGAUCGCUUCGUCCUCGCCGCGGCUCUCUCCUUCGGCGUCGCAGACCUCUUGCAGCCAGAGCUAUUCACGCAUCUGUUUGAUGGCAAGGCGAGUGGGGAUGGUGUCACGAGUGGAUUGAAAGGUUUCGAGGAUUCGAUCGUUAUCAUUUUGAGCACGCCUUUCCUCAUAUCAGGCAUCGUCGCCGCCAUCCUCAACCUUAUCCUCCCAGAAGAGGACCCAGCGGACGAUAUGGAAGGCGUCAUAGAUGAGAUGGGGCAUGAACAUGGGGAGCCCUAUGUGGAGAGGAUUGGGGACGUGGAGGAGAUGAGGAAACAUGAGGUUGAGAAGGAUGUGGGGGUUAGUGAGGUUAAGACGUGAUGCGUUGUUGGGCUAUCGUGUCGAUCUUUAUUGGUGUGGAUCUUGGCUUAUUCGGAAGUUAUGUGGGUGGAGUAUUUUAUGGUGUUUUCUGUUUUGAGACCGUUCUCCGUUUA